AGGAUAGUGGAAGACAGCCGUACCUUUAAAACCAGUACAUUUAAUAUUUUCUCAUUCUUUGUCAAACAAGUAAUCGCGGUGAUUGAACUACACACCUGAUAGAUAUUUUUAUUCACUUCGACUAGUUUCCAUUUUUUCAUGUUUAUGUUUCGUCAAUAAAAAUUAAAGUUUGCAACGUUAGCUAUAAAACGUUAGCAUUAAGUGGAUACCCUGUAGUUCGCUAGACUAAGGUUAAUAAAUAUUUAUAUUUUUUGAUCGUUGUGGGGGCAAGACUCAGGCUUGGAAAAUGUUGACACCAGCUGUGCUUCGGGAUCACGUGCCCUUUUUGCCUCCCAUAAGAAACACAGACAAACUUUUACACUCUGGAGAAAAAACUCGAGGAAGACUCUCUCAGACAUCAAAAAUCAGGCCACAGACUAAAGGCAAAGAACCCGAAUCAGCUAGUCAAAUGGAAGAUGACAGCAAGAAAUACAGCCUCACUAAAGAUGAGGUAGCACUUUUCCGUAACUCUCACAAGCAGAGCGUGUGUGUGGCCAUGCUGCGGCAGGGGCUGCACCGCUCCUUCAGCGAGCUCCUGGGCCUGACCCACCGCUGGAACGCUGUCCGGGACGCUUCCGAGCGUGGCUCCGACAUCUGGGAGCAGCAGCCUCUGGAAGAGCAGGACCACAAGCUGGAUCAGCUGCAGCUCUGCCUGACUCGCGCAGAGGCCGCCCAGAGAGCAGGCCGCUAUGAGGAGGUGUAUGAGAACCAGGUGGCCCUGGCCUGCUACUUUGUGGAGCCUGAGGACAAGUGGCUGGCGCACCACUUCUACGAGCGCAGCCUCCUUUCCGCUGCCAUGGUGACGACGGACGGGGGGAGGAGAGAGGCGGAGGCCAACUCCAACAUGGGCCACGUGUGCACGGAGCGAGAUGGGGUGUCUGUUGCAGGUCAGCUGGAAAGAGCUCAGGCACAUUAUGAAGCAUUCCAUCAUCUGACAGAGGGGCGGGGCUGGGAGGACGAGGCGGGACGAACCCUCCACUCACGCGCCUGCCAGUGUCUCUGGAGGAUUUACACGCUGCUCGCCGACAACAUGCUGGAGAAUAAAGACUACCAGCCCGCCAUCCAGACCCUGACUAAAGCCUUUCUGUUGGCUAAAGAAGGAGGAGACAAAGCGGUGGAAGGCAAGGCCGCGUAUCGAGUGGGGCUGGCCUACCAAAGCGUGGGGGACCACGAAACCGCUGAAACGUAUUUGAAUCUGUAUAUGGACAUUUCGGCAGAUUUGGGAGAUGAUGAAAGCUUGGGAACUGCUUAUAAGGCCGUUGCAAAGUCUCUGGAAAGCGAAGGCAAACUUGGGGAGAGUGUUCAGUACCUGGAGAAGUUUGUGGAGGUGUCUCAGGACGAGAGCUUGAAGCACAACCUGGAGGAGGCCUGCAUGUGCCUGGGAGUGUUUUUCUGUUCCAGAGGCCAGUAUGACAGGGGCUGCCAGCAUUUCCAGCGCGCGUACGAGAUAGCGCAGAACCUGCACAGCGUGGCUGUGCUGCAGAAGGCGCAGGUGUACCUGGGCACCGCCAGGGCCUGCAUGAUGAUGAGCACCUACAGCAGCCACGUCGCCCAGGCCCGACACGUCCACACCUGCCGGCUGGUGGCCUGGAAAGAGAGCCGCAACGACACGUUCGCCCAGGCAGACGGAUUCAUCCUGCUGCUGCCGUCAGCACUGACAUCGUCUCUAAAGAGUGACUCAGUUCCAGCCAUACCUCCCCCAUGGUUCACAGAGGAGGCAGUGCUUUGGGUUAUGAGAAGUUAUUUUCUUUCUAAUCAUCUAAUCUGUUUUUUUCCAUACCCGAUUUUUUAUUUUAUUUAUUUUUUUACUUUUUUGUAUUUUGUUUUAGCAAACUCUAACCUGGCCGUUCUCUUCUUGAGGUUUAUGAGUGGCUUUGCAUCUUGCAGUGAACCCUCUGAGGUUCUGCUGGUGUAGUCUUCUCUUUAUUUUAGUCUUUGACACAUAUAUACCUACAUCCUGGAGAGUGUCCUUGAUCUGUUUGACAGCUGAAAAGGGAUUUUUCUAAAUAAUUGAAAGGAUUUUUCAAUCAUCCAGUCAUACAGUGGUCUUCCGUGGUCUACCAGGUUGUUUGUUAUUGCUGAGCUCACUAGUCGGUUCUUUCUUCUUAACAACGUACCAAACAGUUGGUUUUCACUCACCCGAUUUGGCUCCUAAAUUUAUUCUGACAACAGCAACACAUUAAAAGAUGGAAAAUGUAAAUUACACAUGUUGAAACAACUCAAUACUUUUUGUACAUGACCUAAUGAUGCAACAGCACACAGCUGGCCAAGAAAUAGGCAAGUAGCCAACUGUCCAAUUACUUUAGGUCCCUGAAAAUGGGGGGAGUAUGUAUAAAAUGGGCUGUAGUUCCUACGUAGAUCACUGGAUGUGCAUGUAAACACCCUUAAAUUAAAGCUGGCAGUCUGCACUUUAA